CGAUCUCUCUAUCGCUGGUUUCUUCACCUCCUACAACACUCACCUCUUCCUCAUCACCCUCCCACCAUCACUUACACUCCGGCACACACUGACUCCUCCUCCAUACCUCAGCUCAACGCACUUGCAGACCGUCUCACCUCCGGCUCCCAAUAUUUACAAAUGUGACCACCUCCCGCUCCCUUACCUACUUCUUUAUGGACUCUUUUAUGCUUUAUUCCUCAAAUGACGGCUAUAUUGAAACAACUAUCCCCUCAUACAUGCUAUCCGUAACAACUUCUGCUACCUAUUCUCACCCUGACUUCUGUCCCUCCUCAACGAUGCUUCAGCAUACUCCUCCUGACCACCCUUACUUGCGAGCCUCAUCCGCGUUUUCGGCCUUGAUACAACUCUAUGCGAGGUCUGAUCAGUUAGACCCUGCGUACACCCGAUUCCGACGGUUUGGAAAUGUGUCCCCCAUUUGUCAAAGAGGGUGCGACGCCUUGGAAACCGUUCAUCAUGUUUUUGUUUCCUGCCCGUAUCACUCCUUCUGGCAGCACGCCAUCAAAUCACUUAUCAAAGAGACUUCUUGUAUCCUAGACUCCACAGAUGUCCCUCUGCGCCUCUGGGGAUCCUUUCUACAACUUAUCCGACGUUUUUUUGACGGCCCCGGGGCACUUGGCCCCAAUCCGUGUCUCACUUUUACCUCGGCCUCACACCAUCCUUGCCCGCAUUAACAGGAUUGUCUGGACCUCUCACCAAUCGCGUCUUAACUCGUAUCUCUCAUACAUGGCACAGCGCGUGCACCCGUUUAGCUGGGAGGAUAUGGGCAGAGUACAAGCGGAGCGUACGUCCGGCUCACACCAAAACAAAAGCCAACUUGAAAUCCAUCUCCUUGCCGUCUUUCUUAUCUCACAUAACACCCUCUUGACUUAUGUGUACUGAUACGAUACUGACGAGCUUCAUCACUACCUUUACUUUUCGAUUAACGAGCUACCGAG